AUGGCAUAUUAUUCUAACCCGAACUACGUCUCGGCGAGCGGGCACAGACAGUCGAUGAGCAGCCAACACUCACAUUAUCGAGCGAGUCCUGCGCCGCCGAUUUAUGGUCAGCAGUCGAAUGGAUAUGGAUAUCAGGCUGGGCCACCAGCUGGCGCUGACCCUCAGCUCUGGCAGUGGUUCACUGCUGUCGAUGCUGACCGGUCUGGGGCAAUCAGUGUGAAUGAGCUGCAAUCUGCUUUGGUGAACGAGUUCGAUUUGGACACAGUAAAGAUGCUCAUGAACAUAUUCGACACCGACCGUAGUGGGACAAUUGGCUUCAACGAAUUCGCGGGUCUUUGGAAGUACAUCAGCGACUGGCAAGGCGUCUUCAAGCACUUUGACCGCGACCGUUCAGGCUCUAUCGAUGGCUAUGAGCUUGCCGAGGCAUUACGCAGCUUCGGAUAUAACCUAUCGCCCAGCAUCUUGACGCUUAUCGAGCAGAAAUAUGCUGUCGGUCCUUCGUCCGGGUACGGACCUCCUCCUGGUAUAACAUUUGACCGUUUCGUGAGAGCGUGUGUGGCGGUAAAGACUCUGACGGAGGCGUUUCAACGAAUGGACACGGACCGCAACGGCUGGAUAACAGUGAAUUACGAAGACUUCAUGAAGGUAUGA